AUGGUGGGGAAGCGAGUUACGGGCGGCGAUGGGCGGGAGGAGGACGGCGCCAAGGUCGGGCUCCCGUCGUUGGAUCUCUCCCUCGCGUUCCCGAAGGCCACGCCGGCCUCCAUUUUCCCGCCGUCCGCUUCGGAUUACUACCAGUUUGAUGAUUUGCUGACCAGUGAAGAGCGCUCUAUCAGGAAGAAGGUCAGGGGUAUUGUGGAGAAAGAAAUCGCGCCCAUUAUGGCAGCGUACUGGGAAAAGGCAGAGUUUCCAUUUCAUGCCAUUCCUAAACUUGCAAGCCUUGGUGUUGCUGGUGGUACAAUAAAGGGUUAUGGGUGCCCAGGACUUUCAAUUACAGCCAGUGCUGUUACUAUGGCAGAAAUGGCACGGGUAGAUGCAAGCUGCUCCACAUUUAUACUGGUGCACUCCUCUCUUGUGAUGGUGACAAUAGCUCUUUGUGGAUCUGAGGCUCAGAAGCAGAAGUACUUGCCAUCCCUUGCUCAACUUACUACUGUUGGCUGUUGGGCAUUGACAGAGCCAAAUUAUGGAAGUGAUGCAAGCUCUCUGAGAACUACAGCGACCAAGGUCCUUGCUAUUUCGCGCAUUAUGGUGGCAUGGCAACCAAUUGGCAUAUCGAUGGGGGCCUUCGAUAUGUGCCACCGGUAUCUGAAAGAAAGGAAACAGUUUGGAGUCCCCCUAGCGGCGUUUCAGCUGAACCAAGAGAAACUUGUCCGGAUGCUCGGUAACAUCCAAUCGAUGCUCCUUGUUGGCUGGCGCCUCUGCAAGCUUUACGAGUCGGGGAAAAUGACACCAGGCCACGCUAGCCUAGGGAAGGCUUGGAACUCCAGGAUGGCCCGCGAGGUGGUUUCUCUUGGCCGAGAGCUGCUGGGUGGGAACGGAAUUUUGGCCGAUUUCCUUGUGGCAAAGGCGUUCUGCGACCUGGAGCCAAUUUACUCGUAUGAAGGCACAUACGACAUCAACAGCCUGGUGACCGGCAGAGAGAUCACCGGGAUCGCGAGCUUCAAGCCCGCCGCGCUAGCGAAAGCCCGGUUGUAA